AACCACGCCCUCUAUCCCGUCCCCACACCGACUCCUCCCUUACCCCGCCCACCUGAGGCUAUUCCGUGCCUGCGCACUCGGCUCCCGGGCGUCGGCUCCCGAAAUCCUUCGGCCUUACCCUCCUAAGACACUUCUGUUCUCCAAGAAAGAAGCCAGGAAAAGAAGGCAAGAAUGACUGUUGAACUAGUGAAAGUCAUACCCCAGGACUUGGUGACAUUCAAGGAUGUGGCAGUUGACUUUUCCCAGGAGGAAUGGGAAUGGCUGAACCCUGCUCAGAGGAAUUUAUAUAGGAGUAUGAUGUUGGAGAACUAUCAGAGUCUGGUGUCACUGGGACUUUGUAUCUCUAAGCCAUAUGUCAUCUCCUUACUGGAGCAAGGGAAAGAGCCUUGGGUGAUGAAGAGUGAGAAGACAAGUAGCCCAUUCCCAGAUUGGGAAUCUAUAUAUGAGACCCAAGAAUUACCUUUGAAGCAGUUUGUGUGUGAUGAUGUGUUAAUGGAGAGAAUUACAACCUGUGGACUUGAGUGUUCCACUUUUGGAGAAAAUUGGAAAUAUGAAGAUCUUUUUGAGAGGCAGUUGUUAAGCCAAGAGACAUUUACCAGGCAAGAAACAGUCACUCUUAAAGAAAACCUUACUGUGAAAAUAGACCCUAAAUAUAACAAAUCUGGGAAACUUAUCCCUCUAGACAAUGUAGAAGAGAAUGUUUUUAAUCACAAGUCAGAUAAAAAAAGCUUUUCCAAAAAUUCCAUGGUAAUAAAAUACAAGAAAGUCUAUGCAGGUAAGAAACUUUUUAAAUGUGAUGAAUGUGAGAAAACCUUCACCCAGAGCUCAUCCCUUACUGUUCAUCAGAGAAUUCAUACUGGAGAGAAACCAUAUGAGUGUAAAGAAUGUGGGAAAGCCUUCAACCAGAGUCAACACCUUGCCCAACACUACAGAAUACAUACUGGAGAGAAACUCUUUGAAUGUAAGGAAUGUAGGAAAGCCUUCAGCCAAAAUGUACACCUUAUUCAACAUCAAAGAAUUCAUACUGGAGAAAAACCAUAUAAAUGUAAGGAGUGUAGAAAAGCCUUCAGCCAGCCUGCACACCUUGCCCAGCAUCAGAGAAUUCAUACUGGGGAGAAGCCUUAUAAAUGUAAUGAAUGUGGAAAGGCCUUUGGUGAUGGCUCAUCCUUUACGCGGCAUCAGAGAUGUCACACUGACAAAAGACCCUAUGAAUGUAUCGAGUGUGGGAAAGCCUUCAGGCAGAACACAUCCCUUAUUCGACACUGGAGGUAUUCCCACACUGGGGAGAAACCUUUUGAUUGCAUCGACUGUGGGAAGGCCUUCAGUGAUCACAUCGGACUUAAUCAGCAUAGAAGAAUUCAUACUGGAGAGAAACCCUACAAAUGUAAUGUGUGUGGGAAGAGCUUCAGCUAUGGCUCGUCCCUGACUGUCCAUCAGAGAAUCCACACAGGAGAGAAACCAUAUGAGUGUGAUGUCUGUGGGAAGGCCUUCAGUCAUCAGGCUUCACUUACUCAGCAUCAAAGGGUGCAUUCUGGAGAGAAGCCUUAUGAAUGCAGGGAAUGUGGGAAAGCCUUUAGGCAGAGCAUACACCUUGCUAGUCACCUGAGAAUUCAUACUGGCGAAAAACCCUUUGAAUGUAAGGAAUGUGGAAAAGCUUUUAGCAUCAGUUCACAGCUGGCUACCCAUCAGAGAAUUCAUACUGGAGAGAAACCUUACACAUGUAAAGAAUGUGGGAAAGCUUUCAACCAGAGGGCACACCUUGCACAACAUCACAAAAUCCAUACUGAAGAGAAACCUUAUGAAUGUACCGAAUGUGGUAAAGCCUUUAGCCAGACUACCCGCCUUAUUCAGCACCAGAGAGUUCACACUGGAGAGAAGCCCUUUAAAUGUACUGAAUGUGAGAAGGCCUUUAUUGAUAAUUCAUCCCUUGUUAGGCAUCAGAGACUUCAUACUGGCCAAAGGCCCUAUGAAUGUGUUGAGUGUGAGAAGGCAUUCAGAACAAAAUCAUCCCUCGUUUGUCAUCAAAGAUGUCACAUGGGGGAGAAACCUUAUGAAUGUAGUACAUGCGGUAAAGCCUUUGGUCAUCGGCAAUCCUUUAUCGUUCAUCAGAGAAUUCAUUCUGGAGAAAAACCAUAUGAAUGUAAGGAAUGUGGGAAAACCUUCAGGCAGAUGGCACACCUUAAUCUCCAUAGAAGAAUCCACACUAGAGAGAGAACGUAUGAAUGUUAGGAAUGUAGAAAAGUCUUCAGACAAAAUGCACACCUCGUUCACCAUCAGAAGAUUCAUGCUGCAGAGACAUCUCAGGCCCCUAGCCCUUUCUCACCAAGUCCUGUGGAUAUGUCUGCUAAUUAUUUUUGGAAUUCCACAUCUUUCAGUUCUCAUUGGUCUACUCCAAUUGUCUAAAAACUGGUCUCCUUGCAUCAUUUUUGUCCCCUUUAAGUUCAUUCCUCAUACUAUUUUCACAGUGGUCUUUUCAAAAUGUAAAUGUAAUGAUAUGACUCUCUUAAAUUUUUUGCUGUGAAUUUUUAAAUUACUUGAUUCAUAUAAAGUGCUCAGCCUAGUGCCUGAUUCAGACUAAGUGCUCCAUAAACAUUAGCUCAGUAUCCUUCAGAGUUCUGCUUGAGAAUUAUUUUUAAAUAGUGAACUCUGGAAGGCAGUAUAUGCACUAAGAGAUCAUAACAAUUUUGGAACUGAAGCUUAAUGUGGAUGAUGAGGAUUCGUGUUGGAGUAUGUGUAAAGCUUGAUAUCACAAAAUAACACUCUGUUCCUUUGCUAGUAAGGAAAUUCAGUGUGACCCAAGAUAUAGAAUAUGUUUUAGGAAGUGCCUAGGGCUCCAGACAAGAUUGGAACAUAAGGAUUAGAAUUUGCUGCAAAGAAAGUAAGACUAUAUUUAGUCAAGACAAAAAAUAAAAAUUCCUAAUAUUUAAAAUGGAAGAAACAGAGAACUUGAAUAGUCUAGCUCUCUUUUGAAACACCUGGACUCACACUCACAGAUUAAUUCUAAACCUUCAAGGAACCAUAAUUAGUCUGUUCUAGAGUAUAGGAAAAAAAAUUCAAGCAGAGUAUUUUGAAGUAUUUAGAAUACUUCCUUCAUGAGGCUAAUUCAAUACUGAUAUCAAACCCAGAAAAAAAUGAAAUAAUAGAUGAAUUUACCCAUGGUUAUUAUAGGCAGGCAAUUUUUUUAAGUUUAUAUGAUUUUUGUUUUUUCCAUUAUAGUUGAU